UUCACUUCUUCACAAGUCACUUCCUUGUUUACCCGACUGACUCUCCCUGCCUGCUUCUCCUAAGACUGACGAUGGCUGAAGACCAGCAGUUUGGAUUUGAAGAGGAGUUCACCUGCUCGGUGUGUCUGGAGAUCCUCCGUGACCCCGUCUCAAUCCCCUGUGGACACAAUUUUUGUCUGACGUGCCUCAAAGGCUACUGGGAUAUGAGCCGAGUGUGCAGCUGUCCUCAGUGCAGAAGAACCUUUGCUCCAAGGCCUGAAUUGAGCAGAAACACCGUACUGAAUGAAGCCAUCAAGAAACUGAAGACGACUGGAUUCGGUUCUCCUCGAUCUCGGAAUUAUGGCAGCUCCAGAGACGUGACGUGUGAUGCCUGUACCGGGAAGAAGUUCAGAGCCGUGAAGUCUUGUUUGACCUGCAUGGCCUCUUUCUGUCAGAGACACCUGCAGCCUCACUUUGAAGGAGACGCCCUGAAGCACCACAAGCUGGUUGACUCGGAUCGAAACCUGAAGGAGAAACUCUGUGCCAAACAUCAGAGAAGUCUGGAAAUAUUUUGUAAAACGGAUGAGACGUGCAUCUGCACCAUGUGUGUGGUGACUAAACAUAGUGGCCAUAAAAUGGUCGAGUUGGAGACAGAAAGAGGGCAAAAACAGAAACAGCUGGGGGCGACGAUGAGUGAAAUCAGGAGGAGACUCCAGGAGAAAAAGAAGACGCUGAAAGAGAUAAGGAGGGCGGUGAAGCAGAUGAAGAUAUCUGUGGAUAAAGAAGUAGAGGAAAAUGAGAAGAGCUUCAUUGAUCUAAUCCAUUGCAUUGAGGAAGCCCACAGGAAACUGACAGAGAGGAUCAGAGAACAUGAAAAGAGAGAAAUGGAGAAGGCCGAAGGAGUCACGGAGCAACUGGAAACAGAGAUUGAGGAGCUGAAGAGGAGAGACGCUGAGCUGAAGGAGCUUUCAGAGACCAAGGACCACGUCCAAUUCCUACAGAACUUCUCGUCUCUCUGUGUCCUUCCUACUGAUGGAGACUCGCUCAUCACCACUGUCACUACUGAUUUCUCCUCUGAGGAACUGAGAAAGGAAUUAUCUUGUCUGAAAAAGAGUCUGGAGAAGAUCGGCCAGUGGGACAUCAUGCCACUGAGUCUAUCAGGUCACGAAGCUUCCGUUUUCAUCCUCCAGCCUCCUGAACCUCAGAGCCGAGAGGAGUUUUUACAAUGUGAGUUUGUGGUUUGAUGGAAUGGAUCAUCAGAACAGAAACCAUUCCUCUUUUAAUAUCCCAGGCUCAUAGUAAGAAAGUGUAACCAUCAGAAAGAGCAGUGUGAGGGAAAAGAUGACAAUGACACCGGUCCUGUCACUGGGACAUUACAGGAGAGAGAGAGAUGGAAUCAGGGAAUCACCAAAGCAGUUUGCUGGAUCAGAGCCUCUUUAUUAUCAAGUGAACACACAGGAUAUAAAAAAAAGCAGCAAAUGAAAAUCCUGCCGACUACACCAGGUCCACCUGUCACACACAUUCAACCUCCAUUAUUGUUUUUUAAUUUAAUUUUGUCACAUUUUUCGCUGUGCUUGCUAUUGUUUUCUCUUUCUCUUUUCCAGUCUCCAGCAUUUUUGAAUUUCUGUUUUCCUCAUUGCCUUUUAAUUAUAUUAAUUAUAAUAAUAAUUUAUUUAUUUAGCACAUAUAAUGCAUUCACUUCCCAGCUCCUCCCUGCGUAGAGUUUGCAAGUUCUCCCCGUGUCUGCGUGGGUUUCCUCCCACAGUCCAAACACAUGCAGGUUAGGUGCAUUGGCAAUCCUAAAUUGUCCCUAGUGUGUGUUUAGUGUGUGUUUGUGUGUGUGCCCAGCGGUGGGCUGACGCCCUGUCCGGGGUUCGUUUCCUGCCUCGCACCCUGUGUUGGCUGGGAUUGGCUUCAGCAGACCCCCGUGACCCUGUAGUUGGGAUAUAGUGGGUUGGAUAAUGGAUGGAUGGAUAGCACAUUUAAUGUAUUUGCUUCCCUGGUCCUCCCUGAGUGGAGUUUGGUUGUUCUCCCCGUGUCUGCGUGGGUUUCCUCCGGGCGCUCCGGUUUCCUCCCACAGUCCAAAGACAUGCAGGUUAGGUGGAUUGCGAUUCUAAAUUGGCCCUAGUGUGUGCUUGGUGUGUGUGUGUGUUCCCUGCCUGGGGUUUGUUUCCUGCCUUGUGCCCUGUGUUGGCUGGGAUUGGCUCCAGCAGGCCCCCAUGACCCUGUAGUUAGGAUAUAGCAGGUUGGAUAAUGGAUGGGGGCGGCACGGUGGCGCAGUGGGUAGCGCUGCUGCCUCGCAGUUGGGAGAUUUGGGGACCUGGGUUCGCUUCCCGGGUCCUCCCUGCGUGGAGUUUGCAUGUUCUCCCCGUGUCUGCGUGGGUUUCCUCCGGGCGCUCCGGUUUCCUCCCACAGUCCAAAGACAUGCAGGUUAGGUGGAUUGGUGAUUCUAAAUUGUCCCUAGUGUGUGCUUGGUGAGUGUGUGUGUGUGUGCGCACCCUCCGGUGGGCUGGCACUCUGCGCCCAGGAUUUGUUUCCUGCCUUGCGCCCCGUGUUGUGUAAGAGUUACAUUUGAACCCUGCUCUAUGUGUGCACCUGGCAUGUGUCUGAGUCUCAUAUCCUUCUGAGCUUAAGCUUAAAAGCUGACACUGUUAUUUUUAUUCACUAUGAUAAAAUGUGUUUCCUGUUUUGUACCAAGCUGGAUCAUAAUAUCUUUAUAUAUAUAUAUAUAUAGGCCAUUGUUCUUUUUUCCUGUUUCUUAAGCGUUCACACAGCUCCCAAAAAAUAAAAAUGAAAAACAUACAUCCAAAAAGUCACAUACAUCCUAAACAAACAGGACUAUCAAUCAAAUUGUGGUCAUCUAAGGUUUCAAAAUCUGCCACGUCCUGUUAGCGACUAGGUGUAACCAAUCAUGUUAAAAGUUUUCUGAAUUUGUGAUGAAUUUUAAAGAAUAGUGACCUAAUCACUGAAUUGUAUAAAUAGAGCCUGAGGACAUUUUUUUCUUUGUAGCAAUGUUACUAACAUGUGGGUAACACUUGUUACCUCUUCGGAGAUUUAGAUAAAGAAUAACGAUUGACGCUUU